AUGUAAUUAAAAUAGAAUCCAAAUCAAAACCAUCUACAAUAUCAUACGAGAAACCAUUCUUUAAAUAAAUCAUACUCAUCCAAAUAGCCUUCUCCAAAUCUACCAUUAUUACUCAGAUAAUAAACAACAUUUCCAGACUAGAAAAUUCACAAUCAAAAUGAAUCUAGUUAUGCGAACUAGAAUAUAGAAAUUUUGGGGGACUUUAUAUUGCCAUCCUCUAAAUUUACAAAAUAGUAGAAUAUGAUUUUGGCAGAUGAACUCACAGAAAAAAUCUCAUCGUUACGCAAUAAUAAAAAUUUAAAUAUUAUUAAAUAAAUGGUAAGAACAAGAGUAAAAACUUAACAUAGUGAUUUAGAAAAUUCUAUGAUCUCAUCCCAAAGGUUGAUCACAGAUCCAGGUAUAGUUCUUCCAAAAAAGCUGUAAAACAAUUAAUUCCUCAUUGAUAAAGAGUUAGUUUUUGAGGAUGGAGUCAAAUAUCCUUAUAGAUUAUAUAUGAUGAAUGUAAGGAGAAAAAACUUGAUAUCUUAAUUACUUACUAAUACAAAUAUAAAUUCUGUGUCAAAGGAUUGCUAUAACGAUUCUAAAAACAAAGAUUUAGCAGAAAGAUUGGUCGCUUAAAUUAAGAAUUCAUAAUAAUAAAAAUCUAAGAAUGCAUUAAGAUCAAAGAGUUAUAUGAACAAUGCCUUUUAUUCUUUAUUGGCUUUAAACAAGAAUUCCUAGUAAGCUGUUAAAUUAAAAUAUCGAUAAAAUUUACCAAAAGAUUCGAGGUUUUAUUUAAUAUGA